ACCGCCGUGCGAUUCAACCGACUACCUCCUGCUGAUUUGCUGCUCCGAAUAUUUGUUUGAAAACACUGAAAUAUGGCAGAGACUCCGCAGAGCAACAACAGCUUUGCUAUUCCGCCGGUCCCGAACUUACUCUCGCCCACGAGCUCAAGAACUCGCCACUCCAUUGGGUCUUCUUUCUCCUUCGGUCCCCAGUCACUCAUCAACUCUCUAACGGAGGCAAAUCAGAGCACCAUAGCGUCAAACAAUCGCUCGUUUGCUCUCGAUCCCAAUCGCUCUAUACUACCAGCAACGCCGUUCAGGUCUUCACCUCGUCCACCUCGGCGGGCGAAACCUACCACAUCUGUGCGACAUCCUUUGGCCAACGAUAGGACCAGUGUGUUUCAGGAUUCAGACAACGAAGAGGAAGAAGAGGAUGGGCACUACGAGUGGGGCAUGAUCGACAGGAUGAGGCUCUGGAGGCACGACGCGCUCAUGCAGCAUCUGUAUGACACUGCGGCAUUCUGGGGAGACAAGAUCGUCAACUGGACAAACGAUCCAAAUGACGCGUUCUGGCUCGCGCAGACCUACUUUCUCACUCAUCAAUACGCGCGUGCCGAGCGAUUGCUCACGCGUCCGUUCCCUACAGCACCUCCGAACCUGCCGCCGGCCGCUGGAGGCGGAGUCAAUGGUCACGCAGACUUCAAGGGCAAGGGGAAAGAGCUGCUAACAGACAUGCACACAUUCGCGAACUUGCCCAGCCAAACGCGUCUACCAGUCGGUGGUCCAGGAGAGAUGAUCAACGUCGCAGUCGACAAUCAGGAAGGCGUCUCGCGCCUAGUGGAUAUGAGCGUCGCUUGCAGGUACCUUGCUGCACAAUGUCAGGUGCGCCAGGGCAAGUGGACAGAGGCGACAGAGAUGCUCGGCGAAGCAAACCCUUUUCGCGGUUCAGCCAACAGCGGACCCGCGGUCCCCAAUAUGGAUGGCGGGAUCAAAAUUGAAGCUUCCAUGUGCCAUCUCCGUGGCUUGCUCAUGCUGAAGCUCAAUCGAGGUGACCAGGCGAAGAACUGUUUUGUCGAGGCGCUCGCUUUGGACGUGAAGUGCUAUGAAGCCUUUGAACAGCUCAUAAGUGGGGAAAUGAUGACUCCUAUCGAAGAAUGGGAAUUUGUGCAGUCUUUGGCGUAUAAGGAGCAGACACCGAAAGACGCAGAGUUCGUAAGGAUGAUUUACACGUCGCGGUUACGCAAGUACAAGCAUGCAGAGGAACACGCACUUGCCCGGCGGAAACUAGUGGAAGAUUAUGGUCUGGGCGAUAACCCGGAUGUGCUCUUCAGUUUCGCGGAUGCGCUGUACUCACAUUUCAGAUGGGCAGACUGCUUCGCCGUCACGUCGAGGUUCAUUCUGAGCUGCUACUUUCUUGCGCGAAGAAUACUGGGUCUCGUCUCCGUGCAUGCGCCAACAAUGCCCUUGCAUAUAGCAUGCCUAUAUCAUUUAUCGCAUUUACACUCCAAGCUCUUCAUUCUUGCACAUGAGCUCGUCGAAAAGGAACCAGAGAACCCGAUAAGCUGGUAUGCGGUCGGAGUAUGGUACCUCACCGCGAAGAAAUGGUCGGAGGCUAGGACAUACUCUAGCAAAACGUCGCUAAUGGAUCCUCGUUUUGCACCAGCGUGGGUGGCAUUUGCGCAUACUUUUGCUUUCGAAGGCGAGCACGACCAUGCUGUCACGGCGUACUCCACCUGCGCGCGGAUGUUCACGGGGUCACAUCUACCUCUUACGUUCGUCGGCAUGGAGCAUCUUGUCUUGUCCAAUCUAUCGCUGGCAGACGAGGCGCUCUAUGCUGCUCACUCCAUGUGCGACGGCGACCCGCUACUAACCAAUGAACGCGGCGUUAUGGCGUUCAACCGCGGAAACUACGAAGAGGCGGCAAAUAUGUUCAAGCAGGCGAUCGAGCUCGCGCAGCUAACACAGACAUCCGAAACGGCAUGGGCGGCGACCUACGUCAAUCUCGGGACAUGCUACCGGAAGCUCAAACGUUUUCCUGAGGCGAAGGCGGCAUACGAACGCGUGUUGCAACUCGAGCCGCGGAACGCCCCAGCUCUUGGCUUCCUCGGCAUGGUGUACCACCUCAUGUAUGAUCUCGACAGUGCGAUCAUCAAAUACCAUGAGUGCCUGAGCGUCGACCCCAUCAACGGCCACGCCCUGGAGCUCCUCAGCCUGGCGCUCGAUUCAAAUGUAACUACAGGUUUAAUGGCACAGAAAGGUCUGUCGGGUGGAGAAGAAGAGUGGGCGCGUAAGAUGCGCGAGCACAGGAAGAAGGGCAAGGGCAAGGCGCCUGAGCGCGGGAUGGAGGACAAUGACUUUAUGAGCACAUAGCUCAGCAGUGUCGUUUCCGUAGCCGUGAUAAUUUUUUUUUGGGAUUCAGGUCAUCCACUUCCUCCACAUGUGCCGAAGACAACAGGUAGACAUCGCCUCCAGGUUUGAAAUAUCAUUCAUGAUACUGUCGCGCCCUCUUUCAUUAGUGAGAUGUAUAUCUGUACUUUGUGUGGCACAGCGCAGAAUAGACACUCGAGCUGUCAGCGCAAACACAUUGCUUAUAUAUAUCGACCACGAAGCAGUCAAUUCACAACACUGAUAGUACAUCGUCCAGUCCAGUCCAAAGUCCUACAGUCCGCAUCGCAUCUCCUGCCUCUUGCCCCGCAGUGAGUCCCAGCACGGCUGUUCAUGAGCACUUAUCAUACUCAUACGUGUCCGGCUUAGAGGGUAAUGGGCGCGCAGCCGAUAGAGACAAGGGAGCCCUGGUUUUGAUCGUCAG